UAUAGUAACGGUUUCAACGAUUAAAAGCAGACCAGAAACCAAACAGUUUUCCGAUAGCAAUGAAAAAGGACUCAAAAGACUCGAAAAAAGGCGACAACAAAAAGCUGGAGACAAAAGAUGCCAAAAAAGAUGACUCAAAGGGCAAAAAAGAGACACCAAAAUCGUUGACUAAACCCGAAAACAAAGAUCUUAAGACGGGAUCUAAAACGUCGAGUUCGGAGAACAAAACAAAGAAACCGGAUGUCAAAGAUGUCAAGAAAGACAAUCCAAAAUCUGUGUCUAAAACUGGCAGUAAGGAAGUGAGUCCUUAUUUGGCUCAAAAGAUCGGAUCCAAAGAUGGGAAAAAAGAGCCCGUAUUUGGAAGUAUGAAAUCCGAUAUCAAGAAAGACAGUUCAAAAUCUGGUGCCAAACCUGAGAUUAAAGAUGUGAAAAAAGACAAUAUAUUUGGUGCCAAAAAACCAGAGAAUAAAGACAUCAAAAAAGACGAUAAGAAAGACAUCAAAAAAGACGACAAGAAAGACAUCAAAAAAGACGACAAGAAAGACAUCAAAAAAGACGACAAGAAAGACAUCAAAAAAGACGACAAGAAAGACAUCAAAAAAGACGACAAGAAAGCCAUAACAAAACCGGUGACUAAAACAGAAAGUAAAGAUUCAAAGAAGGAAUCAAAAGACAGUCCGUUAUUGGCGACUAAAUCUAAGACAAAGGAUAUGACACCAAAAAUUGGAUCAAAAGAAGUGAAAAAAGAUGAGAAAAAAGAGCCUAUAUUUGGAAGUAAGAAAUUGGAGGUCAAAGAUGUAAAGAAAGUGGACUCAAAGAUUUUGAAAGACAAACCAAAAAUCGAUCACAAAUCAGAUACAAAAGUAAAGGAUUUGCUUAAAGAUCUGUCCAAAGAUAAGAACAGUAAAUCGGAUUCCAAGGACACCAAAAAAGAUGAGAAAAAAUCAUCGAAAUCUGAGAUUAAAUCGGAUUCAAAAGCAAAAGAAUUGAUUAAAGACAACAAAUCCGACAUCAAAAAAGAUGAUAAAAAAUCACCAAAACCUGAGAUUAAGAAAGAGUCAAAAACAGAGAAGAAAUCAAUUAUUGGAUCAGAUGGUGUUAAGUCAUCGACAGAAACGUUUCCACUUUUGAAGAAACCUGAGCCUAAAAAAGAAUCACAAGAAGAGAAAAAAGAAUCACAAGAAGCGAAAAAAGAAUCACAAGAAGCGAAAAAAGUGGACUUUGGAUCAGCUGGUGGUAAGUCGGAGACAGAAUCGUCUGCAGACUUCAAUGAACCUGAGAAAGAAUCAGUCAUCAAAUCGGACAUUGAAUCAGCUGGUAGUAAGUCAUUGACAAAUUUGCCGCCGCUUUCUAAGAAAAGUGAUCCCAUAUUAGAGUCAAAAAGUGAUUUAUCGACAGAACCGAAGACCACAAUCACUGAGCCGGUUAUCGCAUCGGCAGACGUUGGCAGUGGUGGUGGCGGUGGUGGCGGUGGUGAACAGUCUCCCGACAAUGCGAACCGUAGAUCUAAAUAUCAUUGGUUUAUCAUAGCAGCGAUGGUCGGUGGGGCUGCCAUUGCAAUCAUUUAUUUGGCCAAUAGUUACCGACAACCCAGUGAGUCGACUAAUCAGUAAUUAUUGAAAAUCGAUGACUAGUAUUGUUAAAUUACUUAAGUGUAUAUAUAAAAAGAUAUUUGAAAAAACUUGUUGAGUAAUAAAAUAUGUUUUAAG